CUUUGUUUUCUCCAACGGCGGCCGAGGCUCCGCGCCGGCGAGGAGAGGGCGGCUUCCCGGAAGCUGCCGACUGUGCCCGCGCCCGCGCCCCCAGGCUCGCGGGCACACCGCUUUCCCGGCUCCGCGCGCAGAUUGCGCCACGUGGCCUUGACCCCUGUACUCCCCGGCAGCUCCUGCGGACGCCUCGACAAGUCGACUCGCACGCUGGAAGUGAAUGAGUUGCCGGGUCGCCCCGCGACCUGGAAGCCCCCCACGUCAUGCAAUCCCCGCCCGACUGGCCCCCGAAGCCCGGCGCCCUACGGCCCUCGCCCUUCCCGCACCCUGUGCUGGACAUCCUCCACGGCCUAGCCUGCGCGCUGCUCUUCCCAGCCUACUGGAUCCUGGACCAGCUGCUGGGCUUCUGGGCGCGGGCGACGCGCCGGAGUGGCCUGAGGUGGCUGAGAGCAGUGGCGGGCGUCGGUGCGUCUCUGCUGCUGCUGCCGCUGCUGCUGCUCGUCGGCCUGCCCCUGGCACUGCCGGGCUUCUUGCUUUGGCUGCUGCUGCAGGCCUGGCGCCGCCCCUUCUGUUACCAGCCCCCUCCGGAGUGCUGGACGCCCCCCACGCCCUGGCGACCCCCAGCUGAGCCCGCGCGCUGCUUCGGCUUCCUCAGCGCCAACCUGUGUCUGCUCCCCGACGGGCUGGCGCGCUUCAGCAACUUGCAGCACAGCCAGCGGCGGGCCGAGGCCUUGGGCGCCGUGCUGCUCGCCGGUCUGCGUUCCUCGCGCUAUGGGGCUACUGGCUGCAGCUCGCCAGGGCCAGAGGCGCCGUCUGGGGUGCUGAUAGCCGCGGUGCCGGCGGGUCUGGACUUCGUGUGCCUACAGGAGGUGUUCGAUCUGCGCGCGGCGCGCAGACUGGUAAACUGCCUGGCGCCCAAUCUGGGCCCGGUGCUGUACGACGUGGGCACGUUCGGCCUGCAGCCCGGGCCGCACCUCAAGCUGCUAGGCAGCGGGCUGCUGCUGGCCUCGCGCUACCCGCUGCUGCGCGCCGCCUUCUGGUGUUUCCCCCAUGCGCGUCGCGAGGACGCGCUGGCCUCCAAGGGACUGCUUUCCGCACAGGUACAACUGGGCAUCCUAGAUGGGCGACGCGUCGUGGGCUUCCUGCAUUGCACGCACUUGCAUGCGCCGAAUGAGGAUGGGCCCUUGCGCUGUCAACAGCUCACGCUGCUGCUAGACUGGGCCGAGCAGUUUGAGGCCGAGAGCCGUCAGAGCGACGAAGCCGUGGCCUUCAGCGUGCUGCUGGGGGACCUGAACUUCGACAACUGCUCACCAGGUAAGCGGAGGCUGCUGCAGAGCGUGGCCGCGCGGCCUGGCCCCGCCCACCCAGCGCCGGUUUUCCUCCCCAGACCAUGCGCAGGAGCAGAAGCACCAGCUCUUCAGCCGCUUCCAGGACCCCUGCCGGCUGGGCACGCGCCGGGAGCAGCCCUGGGCCGUGGGAACUAUACUGAACGCCUCCACGCUCUGCCACUCGGUGGCCUGCUCCCCGGAGAUGCUGAGGAGGUGAGUGGCAACCUGGGGGCCAGACACCGCCUAGAACGAGAGUGCCCUAGCCUUGUGACACAGCCCCUCCUCAGGGCCCUGGAGCAGAAGGAAGGGCGCCGUCGCUACCUGGCAGGCCCUCCCAGCGGAAGCCACCGGGCUAAGCCCUGGAAGGGGCGGCGCGUGGACUACAUCACGUAUCGGGGAGUGCCCGGAGGCCCUCUGAGCCCAGUAAGUGGCAGAACUCAGGGCGCCGGGUCAGCUGGCGCUGGGGCAACUCCUCAACCUGACUCCCACCCCCAGGAGGUGGAACAGGUGACAUUCAGCACCGCCCUGGCAGGGCUCACAGACCACCUGGCCGUGGGACUUCGGCUCCGAGUUGCGAUGUCUUCCUAAGGCAGGCACGAUCGACAGGUGCGACGCCGGUGGAAAGACAGACAGGACGCAGAGCAUGAGCCUGGCUGGUCGCCGCGGGAACAGGGCGACUUAAGGGAUCUUUAUUGUGUGGGCUCUCCUCACACAGCCUCCUGGGCUCUGCGGUACUCAUAGACGCUGCCGCGCUCAGGGAAGGCUAGAGGCUGCGGGGGCGACCCGGGUGGUGGGGCGGGGUCCUCCGGGUCCCCGUAGCCCCCGCCGCCUGGUGUGUGGAGGCAGAAUACGUCCUGUGGAGCAGAGGGCCAGGUUCAGCGCGGGCAUGGCGCCCGCCCUUCCUCCCGCUACAGCCCCAUCCCCCACCGAGGCAGCGCACCCAGGGCGGCAGGCCCGGACCACCGAGGCGCGGUGCGCAGCCCCCUGUUCUCCAGGAGCCAAAUUAAACUCAGUCUCUGGUUA